ACCAGGAUCAGUGACUCACUCAGUGUGAAGGGAGAUCCUGUACAUGUGUACUGUCUACAUAAACCCGGAUCAGUGACUCAAGUCACACCGUAAAGGGAGAUAACGUGGUCCCGAAGACACAAUUUGCUGAAACCGCGUAUACGUUGCGAGUUGAUGCGUGUGCUUAGACCCGACUCAAUCGCCAGCUGAAAGUGGCUGCUUGUCCAACAAACGCUAUUGAUCAACCUGUCGUCUCCGACAUACAGGUAGGACAAGGAGCUUCCUAACUCCCCGGGUUAAGGCGGCGGAUAGACGACCCCAACUACACCAUCAGAGGCGUUAGAUUUCGUAGAUCAUGAGUAACCCAGUAUUAUGAGAUACUUCCUGCUGCUUGGACAAUCAACUGGUUCUGUAUGUCAAAACUUCACUGCACGUUGAGCUACCGCCUGACUGGGAGCCUGUCUUAGACCGACCGCGUUACAGACGAGACGCAGUUGCAAGGAGGGAAGGAAAUACAACAGAGUUUGGAUAUCACUACGUUCACAAAGGAAGCGUGUGUGUUCAGAUAUCACUGUUUACAAAAAAGAUUACACAGCGUGAUAUAUCUGCUAUCACAAAGAAAAGGUUUAUUGCUUGGAUAUCAUGACUUUCACAAAGAACGGAUAUAUAAUGUGAUAUAUAUUCUUUCACAAAGGAGGGCUUUGCUUGGAUAUCACUGCUUUCACAUCGAGUUGUAUGUAACCUUGAUAUCGUUACUUUCACAAAGGAAGGAUACAUAUCGUGAAAUCUGUGUUUUAACAAAGGAAAAAUAUAUGGUGUGAUAUCUGUGUUUUCUCUAUGAUGGGAUAUAUUGCGUGAUAAUAUUCGUUUCACUGAGGUAGGAUAUAUUGCUUGGAUAUAUAUUGGAUUAUUUGCUUCAAUCAUCACUUUGCGGACGGUUGGUAUGUGCACACAAACAUCUACAAACAUUGAUUCAUCUGUUUGAAAGACAGCCUGGUUAGUGUACCUUUCACAAAAAUGCUUUUCACGGCAGGAAAUUGAUUUGGAUAGAGUAUACCAAUCUGUACAUUUCCGAGAAGUUGUGGAAGUCAAUUUUGGGGAAGAGGUGAAAGGCAUUAUUGGAUCAAGAUGAGGCUGACAAUUACCUGCAACCGAACCAACGCACUGCUCUGUCUCGCUGUCCUAGCAUCACUCUGGACCAUUCUAUACUUUAACUUGUCUCACACCAACAGGCAAGCUGUCAACAGAAUGUCAAUGGUCUCCCAAGUGCCGAUAGGGGUUGUUGCUGUUGCUGCUGCUGCAGUCGGUGACAAGAAACCAGUUGACAAACCCGCACUUUCUGGGAAAAGUGACUUCCUGUUGAAGUCCGAACUCGUCGGCGCCACGGUGGUCACGAGGUCAGCAACAGACUGGUCACGUGACGAUGGUACGUGCGAUGGGGAUGAGCAUUACGUGAAGACCGUGCUUCAUUCUGUAGCGGGGGACCUGCCAAUCUUUGUCCACCCAAAGAAGAUUGAUGUGUGGGUGUCGGGAAAUGUCAUCGACGGCAGGGUGUGGGAGCACGACCAAGUCAGGAGAUUCCACGACAUUGUAAAACAAGAUGGCGACCUGCAGUUUGUGGAUAUAGGCGGUAACAUUGGCGUUUAUGGAUUAACCAUGGCCAAGCUUGGACGGACGGUGUUGUUUGUGGAACCCUUAUUAAAAAAUGUACAGAAACUGUGCAACUCAGUGCGCGCUGGGAAGUACCCGAAUGUUUAUGUAAUUCAUAACGCUUUGUCGUCGACCAGGUUCAAGGUCGGCUUCGGAACGUAUGAGGGAAACGUCGGCGGAACAUAUGUGAAAAACGCAUCGUCAUCAGGCGAGACAGCUCAGGCCGUGCUGCUCGACGACGUGCUAGAAGUCUUCAAACUGAAGAAAGUCGCCAUCAAACUCGACGUCGAGACUCAUGAAGCAAAGGUACUACUCGGAGGAGAUAACUUUUUCAAAUCGGUCGACGUGAGAUAUCUUCAGCUCGAAUGGGGACCUCACAGGAAAAACCCGGAUGGAAGGGAGAUAAUCGACUUCUUGACCAGAUAUUUCAUGAAGCCUUAUCACCCAGCUACUGAUCAGCUUCUGGACACGAAGGAUUAUAGUACAUGGCCCGGGGAUGUGUUCUGGAAGAAGACAACGUGAUAAUUCAGGGACUGACCAUUAGAUGAGUGUUGCAAGUGAAUUAAAGUAAUAUGUAUUUUGAAUUAUAUCACUAUAGAAAUUAACCAUUUUGUGACGUAAGUGAACCAGUUACGUGUUAGUGAUCCGUUGGUGGGGUGGGGUUGUUUAUGAUCUGAGGGAGACAAUCUGAGUCAGCGAUCUCAUGGAAGUCAGUAUCUGGGGAAGUAAGGAAGUUCCCUUACUUAGGUGGAAGCAGUUCAUUAAAAUGUAGAACUUCAGAAAACAAUAUAAGUGAAACAAUCUCAUUAAAAUCAAGACUCCAUUGCUCUCUGCGUUAAGAUCUGAUCUGAAUACUCAGGGUAGAAGAUGACAUUUUCGAUGCAUUCUGACUUCUGUAUUUCCAAAACGCCUGCAGCCAGGGUGCAGUGACCACAAAAACUGCGAUGUGACAUCGUUGUGAAUAUUUGCAACACUUUUUUAACGCCAAAAGGGAUAAAUGUCGAGGUGUU